GGGAGGAGCGACGAGAUCCAGGUGGUCGAGCCUGCGUAAAAACGCACCAAACACAAGUCAAAACCGAAAUAGUGAGUGUCAUAGAAAAAAAAGCUCAAUGCUCGCACUCCUGGCACUUCUAUGAAUGAAUAACCUGUGUUCCGAAAACGCCUCCUGGAUCAGCUGCUGCAGAAAUAACCAAAACAGCGGAACGCGCUGCGGUGGUGCGUUGCUGCCAUCUCCACAGAAAACGGACAAAACAGGACCAAACGGUUCGGUGUGAACUCCAGAUUUGUGACCGAAGAAGGCAACUUUAAUUCAAACGAUCAAGACGGCUUGUUUCAGCGACAAGUGGAGAUAUGUUCAAGAAAAGCAAGAGUAAAGUGCUGGUGGAUUAUGCGUCAGAGGAAGACGACAUGUCCUGGCACUAUCAUCACUCCUACAAGGACAAAGACAUAGAAGGAGAGGAAGAGGAAGAGGAGGAGGAAGCUGUCACUGCAGUAUCCAAGGAGGCCAGGGUGAAGAAGAUCAUGUCCAAGAAAGAGAAGAGGGAGAAGAAGAUGUUCUCCUCUAAAGAUGAUGAACACUUCUUGUUGACCGGAGUAAAGCUGGCGGACCGCAGAGGGUCUCACAAGAAAAUCAAGGAUGACGACAAGGAGAAGGAAAAGAAGGACAAGCCAGACAAGGGCCACUGUUUCUGGGAGAGCGUUACCAUGACGAUGAGGCAAAUCUCCCCAACCAAAAAACUGGAGAAGAUGGAGGGCUGGGAGCCGCCUCACCUGGAGAACUUAACUGAGACUGUGACCGACGAAGCCCCAGAGGACAAAAGCCAGAAAGGGGGCUCGCCAGUGUCCUUCCCCGACUCUCUAGGCCUCCCGUUGGAACUGGCCUCCUGGGCGGGCCGGGGUCUUGAGGAGGACUCCUCCCGCUAUGCUAAUCUGUCGGACUCCAAGGAUUCAACAGCUGCCGUCAGGUGGACAGCCCGCGCCAAAGUCAAGCUGGCUGGCAUCAGCAGGAUGAGCAGAGGGAUUGUGUCAGAAAGUGCUUGGGAGGGGUUUAAAUAGAAGCCAUUUUACCUUCUAUGCCCCUCCCUCCUCACCAAUGUACCAUCAGUAAAGAGGAUGAAGACCUGAACCAAAUAUCUGCUCGUCUCUGUUAUCUAGUUCUGGAUGAAAACGGUGUUAAUGUCAACUGGUAUUGAGAUGCUGUUGUAAAGCCCUGAACAUAACACAUGAUGUUUGUCCCUUUUAUUUUAGCUUUGAAGACCUUCGAGACAAUAUAUGUCAGUUUUAUGAAUGGACUUUUUUUGGCUACUUUUAAAUCACUGGCAUAACUGUAAAUUACAACAAAUAAAAGCCUUAAACUACUGUACAGUUUUAACUGUGAUACCCACAGGCAUGCCGUUUAGACACUUUACAGUAUAUUGCCAAGAGUGAGUAGAGUGAUUUUCAUGUCAUUAUUGUGCCUGUCAGUGGUAGAGAAUCAAUACGAAUAUGCAAACCUGCUACUGAAGACUUGGUUUUCAGUUCCUUUCUGUCUAUGCAGUUACAGCAUCUGUAAUUUAUUCAUAAAAAAUGGGCUUAAAAUCUGUGCAAUCAUGAAUCAGUUUAUGAAACACGUUUGAUCUGGAAUAUCAGCGUGUUUGUAUGCGUGUGUGUGAACAAGAGGUAGAGGAGAGGAUAUGAGUUUUUUGAUAGACAGGCAUGCACAUUUGUACAAUAGAAUGAGAUUUGAAGUUCUGUUGUUGUGCUGGGAAUAUGCAGGGGGAAUAAAUCUAAGCAACCCCUACAGUGUCACAGAUUGAUACGUUUAAAUCCAAUGCUGAAUAUUUUUUUUAAUUUGUAAGGACAAGAUGACAAUGACAACUCAAACUCUGUGUAUACGUGUUUCUCGAGAAAAGCAGUGAAUCCAUGCACCUGUGAAGUGCCUUGUAUCAAUAGAAUGACGUGUUGCUGUACAUUUGAACUAGACCAAAAACUGAGCAAAAAAACGGCUGAGCUCAUCACAGUGUCUACGCAUGUGGGUCAACCCAGCAUGAAUUUUUGCUGCAUCAGCCAUUAAAGUGCUCAUAUUACGCUUUUCCCCUUUCCUUUAUUGUGUUAUAUAUCUUUUUUGUGCAUGUUAUAGGUUUAAAAAGUGAAAAAGCCCAAAGUCCACCCCAUCUCCAACAGAAAACACGGUUCACAAACUGCUCCAAACAGGUCUAUUGUAGUCCAGCCUUUACUUCUGCUGGUUACUUUGUAACACACGUUAUAAUGCUCGACUAGCUGCUAGCGUGGCACUCCCUCAUCCUCUGCUUCUUACAGUAAUGGCUAGUUGUCUUUUGCUAGCUACUGCGCAUGUGCAACUCCCCACAAAUAUUGAACAGAAGUGUGAUGCCUCACUCUGUAGCUAAAACAGAGAGCUCACCACACAGGGUGAAAAGAGGAGCUGCAGCAAUGUGCAGUACAACAAAAAUAUGGUGUUUAAAAUUAAACCAUAUUAACCUAUUCUGGUACAACCUCUAAAUAUAAUUAUGAACCUGAAAAUGAGCAUAAUAUGAACACUUUAAGAAAGUAAUUGGUUUCCAAUCACUAGAUGCUGUUAGCUUCACCAGCAGAAGCAAGUGUUUUUGCGCUGCGUUAUAUAAAAACCUGGUCUGUUUGUUAAUGCCAUUUGCAUAUCUGUAUAUUGUAUUGGACUGAGACAAUGAUUUUUCUUUAGGUGAAUGAGAAACGUCAUGCCACUGAUGUUUGCUUCUCUUCUUUUUCUCAGUUUUUAUUGGUUUGCUGAAUUUGUUUGAUACUGAAGUCUGUUUCAUUGCAGCCAGAAGUGAACACAGAUACAGGGCCACUUCCAGGGAUGCCCGUAUCCUGUAUUUAUUCACUAAACAGCUUGGUCACAUUUUCUCAAGCAGAAUAAAGAUCUAGUCUGAC